AUGGACAACGCCUCGGAGAUUCUACAGACCAUUUAUAUUGGUGCAGUCGUUGCAACUUUCCUUUUAAACACUGGACGUAUUAGAAAAGCAGUAGACAUCUUUAACGAAUGUUUGGUAAUCCUUAACGGUAAAGCCCUAGAGACAAUCAAAGAACUUACCACACCACUUAUCAUCUAUGUAUACCAUAAACUUCUUGAUGGCUAUACUCUUAUGCACGAUCACACCCGUGCGAUAGAAUGUGGUAAAAAGCUUCACGAGAAACUCCACAAUAGUGGUCAAAAAGAAGAAGAAGGGAUGAUAUUACUAAAACUAUCCGACAUCUACUAUCAAAGAAGCAAAUACGAGGAAGCAAAACAAUGUUGCGAAAAGGCACUCGGCAUCCUGAUUGAGACUGGAAACAGUACCAUAGUUCGAACAUGUUACGCAGAUCUAGGAACUGUGUUUCUUUCUGUUGGUCAAUACACCAAGGCAGAAGAAUACCUUCAAAAAGCACUAGCGAUAAGCAAAGAAAUCGGUGACAAAGAAGGAGAAGCUACAGAUUACGGAAAUCUAGGAGCUGUAUUCCAGUCUGUUGGUCAAUAUACCAAGGCUGAAGAAUAUCACCAAAAAGCACUAGUGAUAAGAAAAGAAAUCGGUGACAAACAAGGAGAAGCUGCAGAUUACGGAAAUCUAGGAGCUGUGUUUAGAUCUGUUGGUCAAUAUACCAAGGCUAAAGAAUACCUUCAAAAAGCACUAGUGAUCAGAAAAGAAAUCGGUGACAAACAAGGAGAAGCUGCAGAUUACGGAAACUUAGGAACUGUGUUUCUUUCUGUUGGUCAAUAUACCAAGGCUGAAGAAUACCUUCAGAAAGCACUAGUGAUCAGCAAAGAAAUCGGUAACAAAAAAGCAGAAGCAUCAGCGUACGGAAAUCUAGGAACUGUGUUUAAAUCUGUUGCUCAAUAUACCAAGGCUGAAGAUUACCUUCAGAAAGCACUAUUGAUCAGCAAAGAAAUCGGUGACAAACAAGGAGAAGCAUCAGCUUACGGAAAUCUAGGAAUUGUGUUACAAUCUGUUAGUCAAUAUACCAAGGCUGAAGAAUACCUUCAAAAAGCGCUAGUGAUCAGAAAAGAAAUCGGUGACAAAAAAGGAGAAGCUGCAGAUUACGGAAACCUAGGAACUGUGUUUCUUUUUGUUGGUCAAUAUACUAAGGCUGAAGGAUAUCUUCAGAAAGCACUAGUGAUCAGGAAAGAAAUCGGUGACAAAGAAGGAGAAGCAUCAAAUUACGGAAAUCUAGGAGUUGUGUUCCAAUCUGUAGGUCAAUAUAUCAAGGCUGAAAAAUACCUUCUAAAAGCACUAGUGAUCAGGAAAGAAAUCGGUGACAAAGAAGGAGAAGCUGCAGAUUACAGAAAUCUAGGAACUGUGUUUAAAUCUGUUGGUCAAUAUACCAAGGCUGAAGAAUACCUUCAAAAAGCACUAGUGAUAAGCAAAGAAAUCGGUGACACAAACGGAGUAGCUGCAGAUUACGAAAAACUAGGAGUUGUCUUUAAAUCUGUUGGUCAAUAUACCAAGGCUGAGGAAUACCUUCAAAAAGCAAUAGUGAUCAGGAAACAAAUCGGUAACAAAGAAGGAGAAGCAUCAGCUUACAUAAAUCUAGGAACUGUGUUUAAAUCUGUUGGCCAAUAUACCAAGGCUGAAGAAUACCUUCGAAAAGCACUAGUGAUCAAAAAAGAAAUCGGUGACAAACAAGGAGAAGCAUCAGCUUACGGAAUUCUAGGAACUGUGUUCCAAUCUGUUGGUCAAUAUACCAAAGCUGAAGAAUACUUUCAAAAAGCACUAGUGAUCAGGAAAGAAAUCGGUGACAAAGAAGGAGAAGCAUCAGAUUACGGAAAUCUUGGAACUGUGUUUCUUUCUGUUGGUCAAUAUACCAAGGCUGAAGAAUACCUUCAAAAAGCACUAGUGAUCAGGAAACAAAUCGGUGACAAAAAUGGAGAAGCAACAACUUACGCAAAUCUAGGAACUGUGUUCCAGUCUGUUAGUCAAUAUACUAAGGCAGAAGCAUACCUUCAAAAAGCACUGACGAUCAAAGAAGAAAUCGGUGACAAAGCUGGUGUCGGAGCUUCAUACUUAAAUCUGGGAAACCUUUGUCGAAAAUUUCAACUUAAUGCGAAGAGUCAAGAAUUUGCUAAUAAAGCACUUGAGAUAAGUUACGAAAUAGGGGACAUUGAAAUGCAGUUCAACAGCCACCUUUCCAUUGCUCUUAGCGUGUUAAUGGCAGGAGGAAGCAUAACUGAACUUAUGCGAAAUCUGUAUGAAAGCAUUCAGAAGUGCGAAGAAAUGCAUGAUUUUUUAAGAGUGAAAGAUCAAUUCAAAAUUUCUUUUUUUGAUAAGCAUGUGUCCCCUUACCUUUUUCUUUGUAGGUUGUUGAUUUUUACAGGCAGUUAUUAUGAAGCUCUUUACGUUGCCGAGCUUGGACGGUCCAGAGCACUGACAGACGUACUGUCAGAUAAGUAUUCUGUGGAAAAAGAGGUAUCAGUCAACCCACAGUCAUGGAUUGGUAUUGAGAACAUCAUGAACAAAAAUGCACUUAGUUCUUGUCUUUAUGUUUCCUGCUUCGGUGAUAAUAUGUACUUUUGGAUCCUCAAGCCAAACAGAAUUAUAGUUUUUCGACAAACGGGACUUAAAGAUAGUGCACAUAAAGUGUUUAGAAAUCACACAUUUGGUGGCUCUCUUGAUUUACAUAAAGACCAAUGCGAAGAUCGAUCAUUGUUUUCAUGUGUAAGUCCCCCGCCAUCAUGCAAACCAUCGCAGAGUGACAGCUUCGAAUCUUUGCGUCUUAUAGAGGAAGAGGAAGACGAAAAUCACGACUCUAAACCUUUAACCCUUGCUGAUGGUUACAACAUGAUAAUCGCUCCUGUAGCUGAAUUACUCCAAGAAUCAGAAAUCAUUAUUAUACCGGAUAACUUGUUGUAUCCAAUUCCUUUUGCUGCUUUAAUGGAUGAUAAUGGAAAGCGUUUAUCGGAUACUUUCAGGAUUCGUAUUGUCCCUUCCUUGACGAUUCUUAAGUUGAUUCAGCUCAGUCCAGAAGAUUAUCAUAGUAAAACCGGUGCACUGAUCGUAGGAGAGCCAGAGAUUAGUGAUGUAUACUACCAAGGAAAACUUCUACAGUUAAACCCAUUGCCUUGGGCGAGAAAGGAAGCAGAGAUGAUUGGGAGACUGCUCGGUGUUCAACCGUUCCUUGGAAGGGAUGCAACUAAGCAGGCAGUACUGAAAAGCAUGCAUUCAGUAAGUCUCAUUCACUUCGCUGCUCAUGGUUAUGCCGAACGUGGAGAAAUAGCUCUCUCCCCUGUGAGCUCCUGCGGAACUCCACACGAAGAAGACUACUUAUUAACGAUGGCUGAAAUUUCACAGGUUCGACUAACAGCCAAGCUGGUUGUCCUUAGCUGCUGUCAUAGUGCAAGUGGUCAGAUAAGGGCUGAGGGAAUUGUUGGAAUCGCUCGUGCAUUUCUAGCAUCGGGUGCACGCGCCGUGUUGGCGGCACUGUGGGCUGUAGAGGACGAAGCUACUAUGUGGUUUAUGAAUCGUUUUUACGAGCACCUUGUUCAUGGUGAAAGUGCCAGUGAAUCUCUUCACAAGGCCAUGAAGUCGAUGAGAGAGAAUUGCUUUUCUGACGUCAAGCAGUGGGCACCCUUUAUGCUGAUUGGAGAUGAUGUGACAUUCAAAGGUUUGUAUUUGAUAUCGUUUUGUAGGUUUUUCUAAUUAUUUUAGUCCAAAUUUGUGAAACUAAUUAACUUUUGUUUGUGACACUAUGUAUUAUUUUGAAAAAUAUUAUUAACGGAGUUAUACUGAAUUUUAUUGUGGUUUCUUUAUUUGUUGUCUUUUCCAACCCUGUUCAUGAAAGUGAGGCAACUGAAGAGAAGGCCGAAUUUUAUUUUCCGAUUUUCAUGGAAUAUUUCUUAAAGCAUACUCGGAUCUCAUUCUAAAAUAACUAACUAAAAUGAAAAUGUAGAAAACGAUAGUUGAGAUUCCUAAGAGCAUACGAAAAAAAUUGAAGACAUAGAGUAGAGAAGUAAGUGUCAAAUAGACUUUUUCUUGAGGGUGUACGUGAUGAAAAAAAAAAACCUUGCUUGUUCCAGGCACCGAGAUAAUCGGUCCACGAAAUUGAGAUUAGAAGGGGCGAACAGGAAAAUAAAACGCCACCGCUCCCCUUUUCUGAGAUUCACGCGCUCAUAUUUUUGCACGCCUUUCACCGCGUCAUCCCUACUAUCUGAGAGCCUGGAACAGGCCAUAAAGAACGCUGUAUGUAUUUUUUAGUCUUAAAACAGAUUAAUCCUCAGGGAACCAGAGCCAGCAUAGAGCGGGGUAUACAUACUAAUAACUAUUACCGGUGAGCGAGAGUUUAAAAGCAGACGGAAAGAUUCCCUCGGUACUUAAUCUAGCCCAAGCAGCUGCAGGAGCAUUUUAUUUUGAAACUUUUCUUUUAUACAGAUAUUUUUCUGGAAAAUGAGCUAAGGGCAACUCACUUGUCGUUUUCGUGUGUUCUUAAAACUAGGUUCAGUUUUGUCAUCAGUCGCCUCUUUUAUCAUGCUUGUUUCGCGGCGGAGAAGUCGCAAGAUGAAAUAUUUCCCCACGACAGUAUUUCAUUCGAUUCAAUUGGGUUUUACAAUACGUUUCGCUUUAGUUCCUUUCGUAGUCGCGAUUUUGUACCAGAGGAGAUGUUGGUAUUUUGGAAACCAUUGCACGGGCUGCAAGGGAUAGCAUGGUUGGCUUGAUAUCAACCUCCUGCCUCAAGAUAUAAUCUGAUCAGUAUGCAAUCAGAAAACGAAGGAAAUUAAAAUAAAGUAAAAUAUUCCCACUGUAUACAUUAUUGGCCCGUGAGCGCGAAUGAAGUAACUCCGUAAAUUAAGUCGUUUUGGGCCUGCGUGCUGGUGGUAUGAUUCAUUGCGGCCCUUGGUUAGAUUUGCUUAGUUUUUGCCCGCCUCUUAGCUAGUUCAACGCAGGUCAGUGGAAAUGACUUAGAAAUUCGCCCCUCCCACCUCCCCUGGUGGCGGUUGACGUCGCUAACCCUCAUUAUUCGGCAUGCCUAUUGUCCUGGCAGGCGCGGUUGCCUCCCAUAACUUAGUUCCCCCGUGUCGGAACAAUAGCUAUGCACUGCUAAAUUUAUACGAAUCGCAUUUAAGCUGAAAGUGAUACAAUACGACUUUACUAAACUUUUAGCAUAUAACUAACUUCCUCAAAGUGUAAAGGUUUGGUAUUUUUUUUUCUUUGAAUGUGUUAGAGAUAUAGAGGUAAAAUAUUUAGCGCAACGAGCAACAGAAGCAUGUUGAUCGAUGGCUAAAAUAAAUCGUGCAAAGAAUACAUACGAAAGGGAACCGUCAUGAUUAGUUUUUCUAUUUGCAGGUGCAUUUGAUAAGAGCAGUUUGAAAGAUGGCGAAGGUGCAACGGAAACAAAGAACUUGUAA